GUCUCCCUGACAGUUGGCUGCUGAGAGGCAGAGGCGGAUCCUGCUCCUCAGGGCGGCGGCGGCGGCGGCGGGGCUGGGGUCUCCCGGGCCGGGCUUGGAGGCGGAUGGCGGCUCGGACCGCUUAGGGCGGAGCUGCAGGGGCGAGGCGGCGGCUGCCAUGGGCUGGUGAAGGCGGCCGCGGUCUCCUCAGCCGGCGUCCGCCCUCCGAGCCGGGAGCCAUGGGUUCGUCGGCGGCCGCGGCGGCUGCGGCGGCGGCGGCGGCUGCGGCUGCGGACUCGGCGCAGUGGCUCUCGGUGAAGGAGGAGACCAUCUUCUUGCACGACGGGCUGAUCCGGGUCACCGACCUGGCCGAGCUGCCCAGCGAGAUUCUCGGGGCGCCCGAGGCCGCCGACACCGACCUGGAGAUCUUGACAUUUGAGACCAAGAACCCAACGGAAUUAGCAGAACGUUUGCGCUCCGUUUGUGGGAACCAGAGCAAUGCCUAUGCUCGCCUCCUGGAAUACCGCCUGAAUGCCUUGCGGGGACUGUGGAACGCCCAGCGCCAGCUGGCCCUGGAAGAACAGCAUGAAAGGGACAGUUCAGGGGACGAGGAAACGCUGGCCCUGCUCAAGCGCCAGGGUUUGUUGCAGCAGCCGGAGCAGGCGCCCUUCACGUCACGGAUGGGGCUGCUGCUGGUCUUCCCCCUCAUCCAGUCCCAGAGUAGAACGGACCCCUCUCUCUGUAACAUAACCGCUGAGGUGCUAUUGAACUGCCUUCGUGACUGCCAGCCCUUGAGCUUGACCAAGGAGCCCGCCGACUGUCUCAAUGGCAUUGAAGCCUUGCUGUGCUCCUGGCUAGAAGAGACCUCUGACACAGGCCGGCACAUCCCGCAGAAGCAAAAGGAAAACGCUGCUGCUGCUCUGGUGGCCUUGGCGUGUGCCAGGGGAUCCCUGAAGACCUUUGUGCACACAGUUCACCUGCUACAGAAGCAGCCCGACCUUGGCUCUCUGCCUGUGGCUGAUGUACUGUAUAGACUGUUGCUUUUGGAAGGGGGACCCGGAUCCCCCUCCUGCUUGCUCGGAGGCAAACACAUAGUAUCGUGGGGGUAUGAAGACAUGUUGCCUGCACCUGAUAGCAACACUGGCUCCAGUUCUGAAAAUAAAGAUGCUGACUUGGGACGCUGUCUCACGGCAGAUGGCCUUUACCUGUAUACUACUAACUCAGUUGGAAGAGGAGUAAGCAAAUUGGGGUCUGGAUUACAUGGUACUCUCAGAGGGUUUGUGUACUGCCGGAACGAGGAGCUGGAGCCAGGCUGGGUGGCCUAUGGCAGCGGCUGUCUUCUCCACAGGCCUGUGUCUUUUGAUAAUAAACCUCACUCUCUUUUCCAAGUCAUUGACCAAAACACCCUUCAGGUGUGCCAGACAGUUCCAAUGCCAGCCAGUCACCUUCCUGUGGGCAGCACCAUGAGCACCGUGCACCUCUCCUCAGAUGGCACUUACUUCUACUGGAUCUGGUCACCAGCCAGUCUGAAUGAGAAAACACCAAAGGGGCAUUCAGUCUUCAUGGACAUCUUUGAACUUGUGGUUGAGAAUGGUGUCUUUGUAGCCAGCCCGCUCCAGGAACGCACCAUCCUGAUGAGGAAGGAGGGAGAGUCUGCGAAAAGCAUCAAUGAGAUGCUGCUGAGCAGGCUCUCCCGCUACAGAGCCUCCCCAUCGGCGACCCUCGCGGCCCUAACCGGCUCGGCCAUCUCCAACACGCUGAAGGAGGAUCAAGCAGCCAAUACCAGCUGUGGGCUUCCUCUGAAGAUGCUCCGUAAGACGCCCAUCUACACCUGUGGCACCUACUUGGUGAUGCUGGUGCCACCGCCAGGGGGGUCAGGCAGCUCGGCCACUCGCUCUCUCUUUGGUGGAACAAGUGGUUUGUCAUCCUUAAAAAUUCUCGCCUCUAGCCUGGUGUAUAACAUUUCCGAUGGACAGUUCACAAGCCGUGCGGAUCUCAUUGAUGCUGCUGGAAGCUCGCUGGGGCGUGGUGCUCUUGUACCAGGAUUAGGAGCCUGUUACGAUACCGUGAACAACAUGCUGUGGACAUGCUCCAAUGACUAUAUUGACCAGUGGUGCAAUCCUGGGAAUCAAGCCUUCCAUUAUGUCUGCCAGAGACUUGGAGUGAGCCACAUCAUCACUGAGCCCAAAGAGGAGGCUAUAACCACGAAUGAGGUUAUAAACCAGUUACUGCACCAUGUUGGUGCGAUGUGCAUACACCAACUCAAUCUUCUUGCCACGAAUCCCAAUCUUCCAAUCACAAGUGUUUUGGGCAAGCAGCAUCCAAUUGAAGCACACCAUCUUAGCAGUAUUUGUGACAUUAUGGAGAAGGCCAUGGUUAACGGCGACACCUGUAUUAUACGCUGCAUUCUUGUUGUCUUUCAGGUGGUGUUUAAAUUUUUCUUCAGCCCACAACCUGAAAGGAAUCGAGACAUCAUCCGGCGGUCAGGAUUGCUGCUCUGGCAGCUGUUGAUGGCACCCAAAGAUCGGAUUGGCCCCGAGGUUCAGAAGGAAGUCUGCCUUGCCAUCAGCUCUGGCUUAAAUAUCUUGUACCCAGGGGAAACUGAAAUCAAUAAUUUGUUAAAGCUGGUGUUAACCGAAGGAGAGAGGAACAGCGGCCUUGCCCAGCUGCGGGAUGUGAUCCUAACCAGCCUAGCCGAGCAGCUUCAGAACAACCGAUUUGGCAGUGAUGAGGAUGAUCAUUACAGAUUGAAUGAUGAACUUCUACACUAUAUCCUGAAGAUUGUUGUACGAGAAUCCUGUAUCUUAAUCACCAAGUGCCAAACUGUUUCCACGGAUGAUUUUCAAAAGCUCCUUUCAACUGUGCCUGCUGCAUCCUCGUGCCUGCGCUAUCUGAUGGCGGUUCAGAAUCACCUUCUCAGUAACACUAUCUUGAUUAAACCCGAUGAGAAUGAUGACAGUGACAACUCCUUGCAGGGAGAGACAUUGAAGGUACAGGAGCUAAAGGUCAGUAUUUUGUCUCUUGCCACCCAAAUCCUGACUGGAUGUGAUGAAGUGUUGGAAAUGCUACAGCAGGUCACAACCGCACUCAUAAACAGCGACAUAGCGGACCGUGAGCAGAGGUUAAAAGGCUUGGAGCAAGUUACUAAGGCUACUAUGCUUGGUCACCUCCUUCCGGUGUUACUCACCUCCCUGAUGCAUCCAAAUUUACAGACUCUGAUCAUGGCCGAUGCCCUGAUGCCUCAGCUAGUCCAGCUGGUGCUCUACACCAGCCAGACGGCUUUGCUGCUGAAAACCCAGUGUCCGGUUUUUGCCGAGGUGGGCUGCUCCCCGUGUGGUGCUUCGGAGUCAAAGUGCAGGCUGUUGCCCGAUGAGAGAAUGCUGGAAGAGAAGGAAGAGCCAGGCUUUCUCACUGGCUUAAAGAUCCCUGCCCCGUGGGCUGCCGGAAAGACUGUGGAAACAGUACACCCUGUCAGAGACAACUACAAAUUUAAAGAAACAGUCCAUAUCCCAGGAGCUCGCUGCCUGUAUCUGAGAUUUGAUAGCAGAUGUUCUUCACAGUAUGACUAUGACAAGUCUAACGGUCUAUUUUCUGUUUUGAAGUUGGUGAUAUGCGCGGGCCCCAGCACCAGCAGCAGGAAGGUUGCUGAGUAUGGGGGCAACACGCUGGGCUAUGGCAGCCGCAGCGUCCUAGGAGCUGGCUGGCCGAAGGACCUGGUGAAGGUGGAAGGAGAUACUGUCACCUUCUCCUUUGAAAUGAGAAGUGGUCGUGAACACAACACUCCUGAUAAAGCUAUGUGGGGCUUUGCUUGCACAGUUCGCGCUCAGGAGUCUUCGGAGGAUGUCUCAGGAGGCUUGCCUUUUCUGGUAGACCUGGCUUUAGGUCUGUCUGUGUUAGCAUGUUCCAUGUUAAGAAUCCUGUAUAAUGGACCAGAAAUGACCAAAGAAGAAGAAGCCUGUCAGGAGCUCUUGCGGUCCAAACUUCUGCAAAGGUGCCAGUGGCAGGUGGAGGCCAAUGGCGUGAUCUCUCCUGCCCUUACUCCAAGCCCCUCUCCACUGCCUCUGACCAUAGAGGAAGACAGAGAAUUCACCUACCCCUCUGACGUCCUCGUGCCUCCCGUUGGGAACUACUUUGACCUGCCCCGAAUCAGGCUGCCUCCAGGAAUCAUGAUAAAGCUCAGGGAAAUCUCUGGGCGUGCUAGACCUCAAUUCAGACCAAGUAUAAAAGAAGUGAUUCAGCCUGAUGUGAUGGAGGAGAUGGUGGUAUCAUGCGUUAUUAAGCACCUGAACUUGGUUGAUGCACUGCAGUCCCUAAUAAACUUCCAGUAUCAAGAAGAACAUGCUGAGGAAUAUGAUCUGCUAUGUAAAAUUAUGGGAGAGACUUUUAAGAAACUUAAUGCCAUGGAGAGACAAUUGCAGAGUGUGGCGGAAUUGGAACAGAAAUGGCAAAGUGAGGUCGAUGAUGCCACACAGGGGAAAUUGGAGAAUAACAUGCCUUUCUUCUACGAUUACCAUUUUAAUGAGAACAAAAUGAAAGAAUUAGAACUUUUGUGUUCAAUGAAGGAAGUCUCCUUUGAUGGAAAUGAUCUUGAAAACAUGGUUCUAUCACUGAGGGAGAAGUUCCUGCAAGAAGUGAAUUCUCUCAUUCAGAAGCCGUUGCACCCACUGGCUAAGACAAAGACCUUGGUGAAGAGUCUGAUGAACCGUGCCGAGCUGCUGCUGCAUGUCACCAUCGCAGCCCAGUCGGGCCUCACCAGGAGCAUCUCGGGGACUCCUGCGGAGACGCCAGCAUGUAAAUCAGCUUCUGAAACCAAAGUGAUAUCGCAUGCUGUCCGGCAGCCGGUUUUUCUCCGCAGCAUGUCGGCUCCUUCUGAUCUGGAAAUGAUUGGUAACGAAGAUUUGGAAUUUACUAGAGCCAAUCAGAGGCGUCGUCAUGUGACCAGCCACCGUAGCAGCUCCUUUACACUCCUGCAGUCCCUAGCUAUCGAGGACAGCAGGGACAAGCCCACCUAUAGUGUCCUGCUGGGUCAGCUGUUUGCUUUCAUCGGCACCAACCCCGACCAAGCGGUGUCCAGCAGCAGCUUUCUGUUGGCUGCACAGACAAGGUGGCGGCGGGGAAACACACGCAAGCAGGCCCUGGUGCACAUGCGGGAAUUGCUGACAGCUGCUGUGCGUGUUGGAGGGGUCACUCACCUUGUGGGUCCAGUGACAAUGGUCCUGCAGGGAGGACCCAGAAUCGAAGAACUCACCUGUGGUGGGAUGGUCGAGCACGUCCAGGAGGCAUUUGGAGAGACCAUGACCUCUGUUGUGUCUUUGUGCGCGCGUUAUCCGAUUGCCUGUGCCAACAGCAUUGGCCUCUUAUGCACCAUACCUUACACCAGGAGUGAAGAGAAGUGCCUGGUGCGCAGUGGCCUCGUGCAGCUCAUGGACCGUCUGUGUAGCUUGAGCAGUCAGUCCGAGUCGAGCUCCAGUGAGAAGCAGACCAAGAAGCAGAAGGUGGCCACCAUGGCCUGGGCUGCCUUCCAGGUGCUCGCCAACCGCUGCGUAGAGUGGGAAAAAGAAGAAGGUGGCUCCACUGAGGCAGUGCACUCUGGCCUGGCCCGCCAGGUGUCCAGCCUGCUCACCAACCACCUCGCCCGAGCCACGGAGUGCUGCGGCAACCAGGCUGCCGGUAACGAUGCCCUGCAGGAUGUGCUCAGUCUCCUCAAUGACCUCUCCAGGAGUCACAUAGGCAAAGCCAUCUUGAGCCAGCCAGCGUGUGUCUCCAAGCUCCUCUCACUGCUGCUGGACCAGCGCCCGUCCCCAAAGCUCGUGCUCAUCAUUCUGCAGCUGUGCCGGGCAGCGCUGCCACUGAUGAGUGUGGAAGACUGCGGGAAUGUGGAGCUCCCUCCCUGGAGCUACUCCGUACCCUCCUUGAACAGUGAACAGGAGGACCCCAGUGACCCAGCCUCCAAGAUCGCCUCCUUGCUCUUGGCUAAGCUGGCAGACUAUGUGGUCCCAGGAUGUCAGACAGUUCUUUCUCCAACUGCUUCUGAACCUGACACCAUAUUGACAAAAACCAGUCCCAAGAGCUCUUUAAAAGGAGAUAAAGAUCCUGGAGAAGAGAGUGAAGCAGUGGAUGGCAAGCUCUCCAUAUUCAUCCACAAGCGGGAAGAUCAGUCAUCUCACGAGGUCCUCCAGCCGUUACUCAGCAGCUCGGAGGGACGUCCCUUCCGGCUCGGCACCGGGGCCAACAUGGAGAAAGUUGUGAAGAUGGAUCGAGACAUGACCAAGGGUGGCUGCUGUGAAGUGAUCACAGAGGAAGCCACAGCUGCCCUGCGGAAAGCAACCAAGUGGGCACAGUCAGGCCUCAUCGUCAGUGUCGGGCCGCCGGUGGAAUCUGUCAGCCCGGAGACUGUGAGUGGACUGUCCACAGGUGACAAAAAGAAAACCGCCCAAACCUCCAUUUGCCGAGAGAGGAACUCUGAACUAGCAAGGGCUGACCCUGUGCGUCCCUUCAUCAGCGGGCACGUGGCGAACAGCAUGGCUGCUGAGGUCAUCGCCCUGCUGCACAGCUUGCUCAUGGCCCCGGAGUCGAAUGCCGCUCAGAUAUGGACUACAACGGCAGAGAAGGUUCUGUCUCGGGCACUGAUGUACAUCCCGCAGCUGGGGAAAUAUGCAGAAAGCAUUCUGGAAAACGGCAGUAGCAGCGGCAGAAAACUGGCCAAACUCCAGAGAAUUGCCCGCCAGGCUGUUGCCGCACUGUGUGCCCUCGGAGGCUUCAAAGAGACAAUCAAGAUAGGAUCUGAGGUUCAGGUUUUAGGGAGAGGAAUAUCAGGCAGCAUCGGCAUCGUGGCUUCUAUCAAUGAGCAGGAAGGUAUAGCUACAGUCAGAUUCCCACCCAUAGACUGUAGAAAGACUUCGCAAGCAUCAGACACACUGACCAUUCCAUUGUCUAGACUUUGUGUUCCAAGAGCAGAGGCAUUGCCUCUUCAUACACUGUCCAUUACUGAGAAGGUAGUACAGGCAGUCCAGUCCAUGUUGCUUCCUCAGGAGGGGAGUCUCUCUAUUCACACCUCACUUCCUGCAACAGGAGACGGCUCAGCUCCUGUCAUGGCAGUCGUUCGGCUCCUGGCUGAGAUCAGAACCAGAGCAUGCCUGGUCAUGGCCCAGCUUUUAGAAGACAGCUUGUUUUGUGAAGAAUUCAUACAACAGUGCCCAGCAGCUGUUGAAGUGCUUAACCUAGUAGCCCAGGAAUGCAGUGCUGGAGAGCGACUCGCAGUGGUGGAGGUGCAGUGCGAACGGCUGAGGAUGCUCUACCGGGACUGUGCUCGGCCCCCACCGCCUCCCCUGCAGGCCGACCGGAGACAGCCCAAGGAGAUUACCUGGAGUCCCUCUCGAGUGUUCCCUCCUGUCCGAGCCUGCAUGUUCUCCUCCCACCUGACUUCAGUCACCUUCCUGGCUGACCCCAGUGCUGGGGGCGGUCUGCCCCGGGGCACUUUCAUCUAUGCCACCUCACCCCUGCCAGUCCAGGCCCCAUCCUUUUACUGGGAAAUUGAGAUUGUCUCCUAUGGAGAUACUGAUGAUGACACUGGACCAAUAGUUUCCUUCGGCUUUGCCACAGAAGCAGAGAAGCGAGAUGGAGCUUGGACAAAUCCGGUGGGCACGUGCCUUUUCCAUAAUAAUGGCCGGGCCGUGCACUACAAUGGCUCAAGUUUGUUGCAGUGGAAGAGCGUUCGCUUGGAUGUGACUCUCUCUCCUGGUGAUGUGGCAGGAAUUGGCUGGGAGAGGACAGAGGGGACUCCACCUCCUCCAGGGCAGCCCGCCAAGGGCAGGGUCUACUUCACCUACUGUGGGCAGCGCCUUGCGCCCUAUCUUGAGGAUGUCUCUGGGGGAAUGUGGCCUGUGGUUCACAUUCAGAAAAAGAAUACCAAAACACGUGCUAACUUUGGCUCCCGUCCGUUUGCCUACGCUGAAGGGCAGGCCCACCGCAACGCUGCCGACCUGUGCACCGACCUGGCAGAGGAGAUCAGUGCCAACUUCGAGGCCUUGCCCUUUGCCAUGGCAUCUGACAGUGACAAUGAUGCUGGCACCAGCAUUGCAUCAGACCCAGGCACCCACGGUCCACCCUGCCGGAUUGCCGCUGUGGCCACUGCUCAGCAACAAUACGAUAGUGACACCUCUUGCCAUUAUAAAGUGGAGCUCAGCUAUGAGAAUUUCAUCACCUCUGGCCCAGAUCCUCACCCGCCUCCCAUUGCUGAUGAUGAAAGUGAUGACGAUGACGACGAUGACAUCCCACAGGAGGACCACUAUGCCCUGCUGGUGAAAGCCUGGGAGACCAAGGUCUUUCCUACCAUCCGGAGACGCUUCCGCAAUGAGGCAGAGCGAAAGUCGGGCCUGGACCAGAUAAAGGGUGCUUUACAACUAGGCAUGGUGGAUAUUGCCCGGCAGACGGUGGAAUUCCUCUACGAGGAGAAUGGUGGUAUUCCGAGAGACCUUUAUCUUCCCACUAUCGAAGACAUCAAGGACGAAGCGAACAAGUUCACUAUUGAUAAAGUUCGAAAAGGUCUCACAGUGGUGACCCGCUCUCCGGACAGCAACAAUGUUGCCAGCAGCACUGUUGGAACUGCUCUUCCCAAAUUUGCCAUCCGAGGGAUGCUGAAGACCUUUGGGCUCCACGGGGUUGUCCUGGAUGUGGAUUCAGUGAAUGAGCUGGUGCAGGUGGAAACCUACCUCAGGAGCGAAGGGGUGCUGGUGCGAUACUGGUACCCCAUUGACAUGCUGGAGAGGCCCCCCGCUGGCUACCGAAGGACUGCCACUAACGGGCUCGUCACCCUGGACAACACCAACCCUCAGAUUCAUAGGGAGCUGCUGCGCUGUGAGGCCGCGCUCGCCAGGCUCUAUUGCCGCGUGGCCCUGCUCAACAUCUUCGCCCCCAAGUUGCCUCACAUGUUUACCCGCCUCUUCCACAUCCCUGCCGUCCGGGACAUCACCUUGGAACACCUGCAGCUGCUGUCCAAUCAACUUCUUGCUCCCCCCCUUCCAGACGGCACCAUCAGCUCCAGCUCCAUCCUGCUGGCACAGUCGCUGCAGCACUGCAUCCACUCACAGAACUGCUCGGCCACAGACCUCUUUUACCAGGGCAGCUCGCAGACGGUGCGAGAGUGGCUGAGUGUCGCCAUCACCCGCACCCUGCACCAGGGGGAGGAGAGCCUUCUGGAGCUGACGAAGCAGAUCUGCUCCUUCCUGCAGACAGCACCGGAGCAGUUCCCCUCUGAGGAGUUCCCGAUUUCCGAGUCCAAAGUCAACAUGGAUGUUAACUUCCCUGGGGCAGCUUUCGUUGUUGUAUCUUGCAAAGAAAGUCAGUCUGGAUUCCGCAAAGACUCCUCACUGUACAAGGCCCCAUGGGCCCGGGUGCUGGUCUAUGGGCUCGGCCACAAAGUGAAGCGGAACGGCCAACUGAACCUCAUCGAGGCUGCCUGCUACCCCCGAGACGCGUCCCCAGCCAACACGGGGCUCGCCCCGCCCCCCACGGCCGACCAGUACCCUUCAGUGGUCCUCUCCACGGACAAGGUCCACAUCAAGCUGGGCGUGUCCCCGCCGCCUGGAGCCGUGCUGGUGUUACACUCUCUGCCCUUGGAGUUCCCGCUGGCCAUGGCCUUUGCCGAGCAGCUGCUGUCCUGGAGAUCCGAGGACGGCGAAGGGAAAUCAGAAGACGAGCCUGACAGCAUUCCAACCUCGGUCCUCUUGCUGGUGGUGGAGCUGCUGGGCAACUUCCUGUGGACCACAGACAUGGCGGCCUGCAUCAAGGAGCUGGUGUUCCACCUGCUGGCCGAGCUCCUGCGCACAGCACAUAGCCUGGAGCAGCGGAAGCGCCCCGCUGGCCUGUCCUCCUCCCUCGCCCUCCAGCUGAACCCCUGCCUGGCCAUGCUGAUGGCCCUGCAGUCGGAGCUGCACAAACUGUACGACGAGGAGACCCAGAGCUGGGUUGCAGGCGGCUCCUGCGGGGGCGCUGGGGCGGUGGCGCUUGGUGACCAGGGCCGCUUCUCCACGUACUUCCACGCCCUCAUGGAAGGCUGCCUGGCGGUGGCUGAAGUGACCCUUCCCACCAACAUGAGCGUCACAGCCAGCGGGGUGACCUCGGCCACCGCCCCGAACCUCAGCGACUCCUCGUCGUCUUCCUCAUCCUCCCCAGGACAGACUCCACAGAGCCCCAGCCUCCUGUCCAAGCGGAAGAAAGUCAAGAUGAAGCGGGAGAAGGCCGCCUCCUCGGGCAGGCGCCAGUCCUCCCGCUCGGUGGACGCGGACGCUGCGGUGCUCAGCAUCGGGGGCGGCAAGCCCGAGGACAUGCUGUGGUUCCAUCGCGCCCUCACCUUGCUCAUCAUCCUGCGGCACCUCACCAGGAAGGACCCUCAGGGGCUGGGCGUGACCAGCGACGCCAUCGCUGACGCCUGCCAGGCGCUGGUGGGCCCCACUGCCCACAGCCGCUUGCUGGUCAUCUCCGGCAUCCCCACCCACCUGGACGAGGCCAUCGUCCGAGGCGCUAUCCGCAAGGCCUGCAAUGCCCACGGCGGGGUCUUCAAAGACGAGAUCUAUAUUCCGCUGCAGGAUGAAGACCCCAAGAAGCCCAAAGACAAGGCCGAGCGCAGCGAUGGGCAGGGUGAGUCGGAGAAGACCGUGGGUCUGUCCAGUUCCGACGGUGUGGAGGUGAGCUCGUCCAGCAGCUUGGCCCCAGCCGCGAGCGCCAGCGCGUCAGCCUCCACCAGCCAGGCCUCCAUCUGCAGCUCCCAGGGUGUCUCCCAGCCUGUCAGCGAGCUCUCGGUGGACCCGCUGCCCUCCAGUCUCGAGCUGCCCAUCCCUGCAGGCCUGUUGGAGCCCCACGUGGUGUCCAGCCAGGAGAGCUUGGACACCUCCCUGUGCAGCACCGGCAGCCUGGGCAGCCUGGGCAGCCUGGCAGAGCCCCUGGACAACGCAGAGACUGCCUCCGUGUCGGAUGUGGGCUCCGUAUACCCCGUCACCUCCCCGAACAGCCAGCCCCUCGCGGGCCGCCCCAUCAAAGGCUUCGCGGUGGUGGAGAUAAGAUCGCGAGCCAAAAUCGAGAAAAUCCGAGCCAGUUUAUUUAAUAAUAAUGACUUGAUUGGUUUGUCAAGCUUGGAUGGUGAAGACGAACUGAUGGAAAUGUCGACGGAAGAGAUCCUAACUGUGUCUGCAGUGAACCAGAGCCUGUUCGACACUCAGGGCAGCCCAGGGCUAGAAGACUACUUCAAUGAUAAGUCAAUUAAAGGUGAGAAGCUGGUGCCUGGGGCCAGAGAGGUUCUGACGGAAAUAUUUAAGAGCUGCGCCCAUUCAGAGCAAACGCUGAGCCUGACACCUGCGAAGCCCAUCCGAGUUUCUGACAUUUACCUCAGCAAAGAGCAGAUCAACUCCCAGAGCCCGGGCAACCUCCUGCACCUCUUCUUCACCAAUGUCCGGCCUCCAAAGAAGGUGCUGGAAGACCAGCUCACCCAGAUCCUGAGGAAGUAUGGCGUGCCGAAGCCCAAGUUUGACAAAAGCAAGUACAGCAAGGCCGGCAAGGAGCAGCACCCCGUGAAGGUGGUGAGCACCAAGCGGCCCGUCACCAAGCCACCGACCAAGGACAAGGCCGUGCUCAACAGCGUCAGCAGGACUGCCUUAAGUGAAAAGAAGCCAGCUGUGAAGCCGAAAUCCCCAGAAAAGAGCAAGCCUGAUGAGAAGGACCCGGAGAAAUCACCCACCAAGAAGCAGGAAGUCCCUGAAGAAAAAUAUCUGACCUUGGAAGGAUUCCACAAGUUUGUCGUUGACCGAGCCAAGCAAGACAUCCGCAGCGUCUGGAGGGCCAUCUUGUCCUGUGGCUAUGAUCUUCAUUUUGAGAGGUGUGCCUGCGUCGAUGUCCGCCAUGCCCAGAAGGCCUCCCAGAAGUGGACGCUGGAGAUGGACGUGGCACUCGUACAGUGCAUCAACCGCCUGUGUCGCCACCUGGCCAUCACACCUGCACGGCUUCACCCCCAUGAGGUGUACCUGGAGCCCGCGGACACCACCGACCCCCAAACAGCCUGUCUCGCGAGUGUUCCCAUCGAGAGCCUACGUCUGCGUUUCGCCCUGCUGCAGUCCCUUAACACGACGCUGGAGACCUUCUUCCUGCCGCUCGUGGAGCUGCGCCAGACGCCCAUGUACACGCACAGCAUCGCCGCUCUGCUGAAGGAGGCCAAAGGGCUGAUCUUCUAUGACACGAAGGUGACUGUGAUGAACCGAGUGCUGAACGCCACCGUGCAGAGGACGGCUGACCACGCAGCACCCGAGAUCACACUGGACCCCCUGGAGAUUGUGGGAGGGGAAAUCAGAGCUUCUGAAAACUCCUACUUCUGCCAGGCUGCCCGGCAGCUGGCCUCAGUGCCAUCUUCCCAGCUGUGCGUCAAGCUGGCGAGUGGAGGUGACCCCACCUACGCCUUCAACAUCCGCUUCACGGGAGAGGAGGUCCACGGCACAAGUGGCUCUUUCCGCCACUUCCUGUGGCAGGUGUGCAAGGAGCUGCAGAGCUCCUCGCUGUCGCUGCUCCUGUUGUGCCCCAGCUCCGCCGUCAGUAAGAACAAGGGCAAGUACAUCCUGACGCCCAGCCCCAUCACCUAUGGGGAGGAACAGCUGCUGCACUUCCUGGGUCAGCUGCUGGGCAUUGCCAUCCGGGCGGACGUGCCACUCCCCCUGGACCUACUGCCUUCCUUCUGGAAGACACUGGUGGGUGAGCCUCUGGACCCCGACCAGGACCUGCGGGAAGCAGACAUCCUCACCUACAAUUACGUCAAGAAAUUCGAGAGUAUCAACGACGAGACGGAGCUGGAGGCCCUGUGUGCCGAGAUUGCCUCCCAGCACCUGGCCACCGAGAGCCCCGAGGGGCCCAACAAGCCCUGCUGCAAGUUCACCUACCUGACCAUGACGGGCGAGGAGGUGGAGCUGUGCAGUCGUGGCCGGCACAUCCCCGUGGCAUGGGAAAACAAGGACAUCUAUGCAGCAGCCAUCCGGAGCCUGCGGCUACGGGAGCUGCAGAACGUGGAGUGUGUGACGGCCGUGCGGGCCGGCCUGGGCUCCAUCAUUCCCCUGCAGCUGCUCAGCACGCUCAGCCCCCUGGAGAUGGAGCUGCGCACCUGCGGCCUCCCCCACAUCAACCUCGAGUUCCUGAAGGCCCACACCAUGUACCAGGUGGGGCUGAUGGAGACGGACCAGCACAUCGAGUUCUUCUGGGGGGCCCUGGAGAUGUUCACACAGGAGGAGCUGUGCAAGUUCAUCAAGUUUGCGUGCAACCAGGAGCGCAUCCCCUUCACCUGCCCCUGCAAAGACGGGGGUCCAGAUACCGCCCACGUGCCCCCAUACCCUAUGAAGAUCGCCCCCCCGGAUGGCACAGCAGGUCCCCCUGACUCACGCUAUAUCCGGGUGGAGACGUGCAUGUUCAUGGUCAAGCUCCCCCAAUACUCCUCUCUGGAAGUCACGCUCGACAAGCUUCGCUGUGCCAUACACUACCGGGAAGACCCCCUCAGCGGCUGAGGGCAGGGAGCCCAUGAGCUGGGCCUGGGCAGCCUGCCAUAAUGGCCCUAGGGCUGUGCCUGGAGGAGGUGACGUCGCUCUUCCAAACUUUCCUCCAUGUCCCAGGGCCUCCUGGAAGACAUCGCCUGUGUAUUUGUCCGUGUUGUGAUGGGUUGGUCCCCCUGCCGCAGUGUGUGGCACCUUGUAGCUUAGUCUAGUUUCCACACAGUCUGUGUCUAUUUUGAUCUUCCUGGACAUUCCCUCGUGGCUGGCAGUCACAAGGCCCCGAUGGCCGCAUCAGCCCCAAAGCCCUCUAGGCAGGUGGCCAGGGCAGGCCAACCCGCUCUGCACCCACAAGCAUACUCGCGGCUGGCCCUGCCCUCCUGCCUGAGUGGGGCACAUCCCAGAAGCGGACGCCGCAGGCUUCCUUCAGCGUGUGGCAGUCACCGCCAGCUGCCCAGAUACAGCUGCCAUGUGGGGAGCUCCCUGUGUCCGUGUCCCCGCUUAGGAAGCCUGUGGUGGUGGCCUGUCCUUUCCGCCUGGAGACUUCUCCCAGACCCAGUGAGGCCGUUUUCCCAGAGGACUCCUGUAGCAGUGGUGCCAUGCCCGCUGGCUGCAGCCCAGCUGCGCCACUGAGGACGCCUGGGGCCAAGGGCCAGCGCUCGCUUGAGGCGGGAGCCUCUUAAAUGCCUCUGACCAGGAAAGCACAGGAAUUUGAGCCAGCCCCCACGUCGCGUUCCACGGCCCUUCCUCCCAGUGACUUGGGGAACACAUGCCCGUUUGAAUGCUGAGGUGCUCCUUUCCAUUUGGGGUCACUUCCAAGUCCAGAUGGAGACCAUUGAGGGCAGUGGCCUCCUGCCAUCUGGCCAGGCUCACUGGACA